GUCUUCCUCGCCUCUCGCUUCCAUCGCCAACACCCUCGCCUCGCCCAUCAUGGUCAAGAUCUGCUGUAUUGGUGCCGGCUACGUCGGUGGCCCCACUUGCGCCGUCAUCGCCUACAAGUGCCCCGAAGUCAAGGUCACCAUUGUUGACAUCAACCAGAACAGAAUCGACCAGUGGAACUCGGACAUCCUCCCGAUCUACGAGCCCGGACUGGAUGAGAUCGUCAAGGCCACCCGCGGCCGCAACCUGUUCUUCAGCACCGCUGUCGACGAGGCCAUCAUCGAGGCCGAUCUCAUCUUUGUCUCUGUCAACACCCCCACCAAGAAGACCGGCAUGGGUGCUGGCUUUGCCGCUGACCUGGCCUACAUCGAGGCCGCCACUCGCCGCAUCGCCAAGGUCGCCACCUCCUCCAAGAUCGUCAUCGAAAAGUCCACUGUCCCUUGCCGCACUGCCGAGAGCAUGCGCAAGAUCCUGGACGCCAACAGCCGUGCCGACAUCAACUUCCAGAUCCUGUCCAACCCCGAGUUCCUCGCCGAGGGCACCGCCAUCGAGGAUCUCUUCAGCCCCGAUCGUGUCCUCAUUGGCUGCCUCGAUACCCCCGAGGGCCACAAGGCUCAGCAGACCCUUGCUGAUGUCUACGCUCACUGGGUUCCCCGCGAGCGUAUCAUCGGCAUGAACCUCUGGUCCUCUGAGCUCUCCAAGCUGGCUGCCAACGCCAUCCUCGCUCAGCGCAUCUCGAGCAUCAACGCCCUCAGCGCCAUUUGCGAGGCCACUGGCGCUGAUGUCGAUGAGGUCGGCUUUGCCUGCGGUCUCGACAGCCGCAUCGGCCCCAAGUUCCUGAAGGCCAGUGUUGGCUUUGGUGGCAGCUGCUUCCAGAAGGAUAUCCUCAACCUCGUCUAUCUGAGUGAGAGCCUGAACCUCCCCGAGGUCGCCGCCUACUGGCAGCAGGUUGUCAUCAUGAACGAGUACCAGAAGAGCCGCUUCGCUGCUCGCGUCGUCAAGAAGCUCUUCAACACCAUCACCAACAAGAAGAUUGCUGUCCUUGGCUUUGCCUUCAAGAAGAACACUGGCGACACCCGCGAGUCUGCCGCCAUCAGCCUGAUCAAGUACUUCAUCCAGGAGAACGCCAACAUCCACAUCUACGAUCCCAAGGUCAGCGUCGAGCAGAUCGAGGAAGAUCUCAUUUACCCCGGCAUCGCCACUCCCGAGCAGUAUGCCAAGCGCAUCAACAUCCACCAGGAUGCCUACAGCGCUGCCCAGGAUGCCGACGCCGUUAUCAUUGUCACCGAGUGGGACGAGUUCAAGACCCUUGACUACAGCCGUGUCUACGAGAACAUGAACAAGCCCGCCUUCAUCUUUGACGGUCGACUGAUCCUGAACCACAAGGAGCUGAAGGCCAUCGGCUUCGAGGUCGAGGUUAUCGGCAAGGUUAUCCAGUAAACAAAAUCACUCCGUGGCCCGAUUCCCGCCUGUUUCUCCUGCGCACUUUGCUGCGCCUCGAUUGUCUGGACAGCGCCCCACCCCACUCCGACACCGAGCCCUCUCGAUCGCAGACUCUUCCUGUGUUGAGCAAACCUCUUUUUAUUCUUCCCUCUGUGCGUUCAAAUCUCUUUGCGUUCAAAUAUAUCUGGUACAGUCUACCCAGAAAGAAGCGGGACAGUCACUUUCUG